GGCGAGUUUGCGAAAACCUAAGCAUUGAAGGGGGUUGAUGGCCCGCGCACUAUGAAAUAUUCUUGCUUUUCCUCGAUGCUGCAGGUUGAUGAUCGUUGCCCCCAGUGUGGUGACGGUGGGAACAGACGUGCGGAUUGUGCUUCAGGUUGACGGCGCUCCACUGGGGCUCAAGGGCCACGUCUUUUUCCAAAAUGAGUUGACGAGACAAGAAUGUUCUGAACGAAAAUCGUUCAGCCUUCAGAAAAAGCAGCACGAAAAUUUUGUCCAAGAUCUGACCUUGAAGGUGACACAGCGGUUUUUCGAGUCUUGCGGUUUGAGCAGCCAGCGGCGAAACCGCUAUAUCCAACUGGUGGCCCAGAGUCCUCAGCUCAACACCCCCAGGAACGUUCAAACCCUCAACCUGCGUUGGAGCACCCGAGAGGGGUACCUCUUGAUACAGACUGACAAGCCCAUUUACACCCCCCGACAAAAGGUGAACUUCCGAGUCUUCCCUCUGGAUCAGAAGUUACGUCCCACCAACAACCCCGUUGUUAUCACAGUGAAGAAUCCACGGGGAUUUCAGGUCAAGAAGAUUGAACGCACCGCACUUAAAACUGUCAUAAAUGACCAUCUGUCAAUUCCUGACGUGGCUGAGCCUGGCAUUUGGACUAUCACGGCUCACUUUCUCCGUGCACAGGGUUACAACACAAGCACAGAGUUUGAGGUGAAAAAAUAUGUCCUGCCUCAUUUCGAGGUGAAGAUUGUCCCAGACCAGAAAUACAUCCUGGUCACUGGACAGCAAACAUCUGACUUGCAAAUUAACAUUCAGGCUAAUUUUUUCUAUGGGAAAGGGGUCACUGGUACAGCAUAUGUGCGAUUUGGUGUGAUGGGUGAGAACAAGGAAAAGGUUUAUAUCUCAGGACUGAAAUAUCAAAUCAAGAUCGAGGAUGGCGAAGGCUCGCUGGUUUUGCAGCGCAGUUUUCUCGCUCAGAAAGUGGGGCGCCCCCUGCAGGACCUUGUUGGAACAUCCCUUUACAUCGCAGCCUCCGUCAUAGAGACAGCAAGUGGAGAACUGGAGGAACAAGAACUCACCUCGGUGAAAUUCAUAUCAUCGCCUUAUACAGUGGACCUGUCGAAAACCAAGCGUUAUUUUGUGCCCAAUGCUCCGUACGAAGUGCUGGCUCGAAUCACACUGCCAGAUGGCUCACCAGCCUCUGAUCUCCCGGUCCGCUUCAGAACCCGCAUAACCGGAGCACAAUCUCCCGUGGAUAAACAGAUGAACACUAAUAAUGAGGGAAUUGUGAACUAUGGAAUCAAUGUUGCUCAAGGCUCUUCCGCAGUCACUGUCACGCUAACAGCGGGAACAGAGAGUCCAGCAGAAGCAACCCUGACCGCCAAGGCCACCAAAUCCCCCAGAGGCAACUAUUUGAUCAUUGAAACUCCCAAAAGUUAUGGCUUGAAUAUUGGACAGACCCUCACAAUUGAAUUGAAACCCAUUGGAUCAAAUGCCUUCACCGACAUCUAUUACAUGGUUUUGAGCAAAGGGGACAUCGUCUCUGUAAGCAGCGUUCCGCGUGGCACACUCACAGCAGUCCUUAUUCCCAUUACACCUAAUCUGAUGCCAACGUUUCGUGUGGUGGCCUUUUACCGCCUUGAGGAUGAAAUUGUCUCUAACUCCAUAUGGUUGGAAGUAGUCUCCCGCUGCGAGGGGAAGCUGGAGAUCCGCUCCUCCUCAAACAUAGACCACCUGCAGCCACAGUCACGCCUGUCACUCACCAUAAACACGGAUGCCAAAUCCUUCGUCUCUCUCUCUGCCACGGAUGCUGCCGUUUAUGCCCUCAAUGGGAAGAAUCGACUCACGCAAGGCAAGGUUUCUGAGGCCAUGAAAAGUUAUGAUCUUGGCUGCACCGCUGGCAGCGGGGAAGAUUCACUGGGUAUCUUCGCCGAUGCUGGUCUCUCAAUUCGUGCGGGUGGACAGCAAAGCGUCCUCCGGAAGGCGCACGGAUGUGAAGAAAACGCUUCCCGGAAAAAGCGUUCCCUGCCGUUUCAACUUGAGAUGGAGAAGAAGAUUGCCAAAUACCAUACACCUAAUCAGAUUAAAUGCUGCAAAGGUGGCAUUGUGCUGCUUCGCAAUGCCCGGUCAUGCGAAGAACGUGCCAAAAGGAUUCAGAACAUAGGGUGUCGUGAAGUCUUCCUUGACUGUUGCCGUCAUGCUGCCAAAUUACGUCGCCAAUCCUGGGGGUCCCAUGGUCUUGCAAGGGUCGAUGAUGAAGACGACGAAGAUUUUUUGGAUGACGAUGUUAUCACCCUGCGAAGAUUUUUCCCUGAGAGCUGGCUCUGGCAAACCUUCUUUGUGGAACAAAGCCUCACGGAAGCAUUUCAUCUUCCCGAUUCCAUUACCACGUGGGAGAUCCAGGCGGUUAGCAUGUCUUCUGCGAAAGGGAUUUGCGUUUCAGAACCAUUCAAAGUUACAGUCUUCCAAGAAUUCCACAUUUCUCUUCGGCUGCCAUACUCCGUGAAACAGUUUGAACAGAUAGAGCUUCGUCCAGUGUUAUAUAACUACCAGCCUGAUCCAUUCAGCGUUUCAGUAUAUCUGGAGCCUGCUGAAGGCAUCUGUUCCCCAGCCACACUUGGGCCAGCACGGAAGCGGAAGGUGGAGGUGCCGGGGAACUCCGCAAUUCCCGUGCCCUUCGUUCUGGUUCCCAUGGGGGCGAAUGACAUCCCCAUCACUAUUGUGGCGGUUGGCGAAUGGGGGAUAGGGGACAAGGUUUCCAAGAAAUUACGGGUCGAGAAAGAGGGUGCCGUCAGUAUAGAAGAAUAUACCAUUCCUCUUGAUAGCAAAGAUGAACAAACCAGGUCUGUGAAGAUUUCAGGCGAAUUGCCAUCCAACGCCAUCCCUGAUGGAGACUUCAAGAUGAGUGUCCGUCUGACAGGAUCAGUUCCUGCUGACACCCUUCAGAGUUCUCUGGAUCCUGACGGCCUCUCCUCCCUUCUGCGGGUGCCACACGGAUGUGCGGAACAGACCAUGGUGUUGAUGGCCCCCGCGGUCUAUGCUAUGCACUACUUGGACAAGACAGAGCAGUGGCUCCACCUGAAACCGGAAAGCAAAGAAGUGGCCCUAGCGAAUCUCCGCACAGGCUAUACUAGAAUCCUCACUUAUCGGAAAACUAAUGGAUCUUAUGGGGCUUGGAUCGACACCCCCAGCAGCACCUGGCUCACAGCUUUUGUGGUGAAGAUUUUGUCCCUGACUCGGAUCUACCAGGAUGUGGAUACUGCCGGGAUCCAGGGAUCGGUGCAGUGGAUUCUGGAACAGCAACAGAGUGAUGGUUCAUUCACUGACUCGCACCCUGUCUAUCACCGAGAGAUGCAGGGCGGUAUGGGUGGCCUCCGUGGGGGAGUCUCGUUGACAGCCUUUGUCACCAUCGCCCUGACGGAAGCUUUGCCUUUGUAUGAACCCAAAGCGGGGGAGGAAGAAGAGGAGAAGAGGCAGAAACAGGAGCAGCUGAGCCAACUGUCAGUCAAUCAAGCAAUCAGUCAAAAACACAUACUUAAGCAUCACUUCUGCUUUGGCCUUAAAUUCUGUUCUCUCGUUCUCGUUCCAGACAGCAGCAUAAUAUUCUGGUUAGCUGGUGAUGACCAUCGUACAAAGGUGCCUUCAGCUAUCUCAGUGGAGGCCACAAGUUACGCCCUUCUGUACUUAGUGAAGCAAAAUGAUGCUGAAAGAGCCUCCAAGGUGGCUAAGUGGCUGACUGAGCAGAGGAACUACGGAGGAGGAUUCAAAUCGACACAGGACACAGUGGUGGCUUUGGAAGCCCUUUCCUCCUACUGGAUCAGCACUUUCAAAGAAGAAGGGAACGAGCUAACAGUUUCUCUUACGGUCCCUGGAAAACACUUGCCUAUUCGGAUUUCUUUUGGAAGAUCCAAUGAUCCAAUCCAGGAAGAGCUUCAGUUUUCUUUGGGAAAAGACAUCGACGUAAAAGUGGAAGGGAGAGGGAAAGGAACUCUGACUGUUCUCAAGAAGUUUUAUGUUUUGGCUGUCCAGAACAAUACCUGUCAAACUCUUGGGCUAGAAGUGACCGUGAGUGGCUCUGUUCGCCGAAAUGCUGAAUUGGAAGAUUACUAUUAUGAAUAUGAAGACGAUCUUCCACCCACGUCACCCCCUGCUAGCCAGACAUUGUCACGGAUUGAGUUAUUUGAUGCCCGGCAGCGCCGAAAGAGGGAGACCAAAGACACCGAACAGUCAAAACAUGAUGUCACUUACGAAGUCUGCUUCUGGAGGCAACGGGGGGCUCGUGUUUCUGGCAUGGUCAUUGUUGACAUCAGCCUAUUGAGCGGCUUUCAGCCCGAUGAGGUGGACCUUGCUCAGCUGCAAGAGGUCCCUGACCAAUACAUCAACCACUGGGAGAUUCAAGGACAACGGCUGCUCCUGUAUUUUGACCAGGCACCGCAAUCCGGUCGUGAGUGUGUCGCUUUCCGGGCUAAGCAGAUAGUAUCCGUGGGAAAACUACAACCAGCCAGCGCCACUGUCUAUGACUUCUACGAACCCCAUCAACGUUGCAGCAUCUUCUACGGUGCUCCCAAUAAGCCACAGUACGUGUCUGCCUUGUGCUCAGAUGAUGUCUGCCAGUGUGCUGAAGGUGCCUGCCCCCGUUUGAAGCGUACCCUGGAGGAUGCAAUCACGGAGGAGACACGGAUGAACUUUGCAUGUUACAGUCCCCGUGUACAUUACGUGUUCCUGGUUCGAGUGGAGCGCGAGAGCCAAGAAAGCGCCUUCCGGGUCUAUGAAGUUAAAAUCAAGGAGGCCCUGCAAUUUACUACGGACUCCAGAAUUAAAGUCGGCCAGAUCCGUCGCUUUGUGGUUCGGGCCGCUUGCAAGACCCGCUUGGCUGCAGGCAAAGAAUAUAUGUUGAUGGGACGCGAUGGGGAAACUCGUGAUUCAAAUGACCGCCCCCAGUACCUUCUGGAUAAGAAUUCCUGGAUAGAAGAGCUACCAGAUCCUCGGCGUUGUAAAGCCACCCAGUAUCGCAACACCUGCAGUCACCUGGAGUCUUUCACCACUUCCUUUGGUAUAAACGGCUGCCGCAUCUGAGCCAAAUAACCCCUUGUGCCUUUGAUGCACCAGGAACUGCGCCUCUUUUAUGGAAUACCCCCUGGCUGAAAACCUCCUCUUGAACGCUGUGUUGUGAGUCAUUUAACACUCUGUGAUUAGAGGAUCUGAAGACACAAGAAGAAUCUGUCUGCUUCAAAGCAGAAUAACCAGCCUUGGGAGGGACCUUGGAGGUCUUCUAGUCCAGCCCUCUGGUUCAAGCAGGAGACCCUAUAGUAUCAUUUCAGACAAAAUGGCUGUCCAGUCUUUUUCUUAAAAACCUCCAGUGAUAGAGCACCCACAAUUUCUGGAGGCAAGUUAUUCCACUGGUUAAUUGUUCUAAUUGUCAGGAAAUUUGUCCUUAUUUCUAGGUUGGUUCAUUCCUUGAAAAGUUUUGUUGCUUCUUGUGUGGCCUUUAGGUGCUUAGGAGAAUGGGGAUGACCUCCAUCUUCUUUAUGGCAGCCUCUUACAUAUUGGAAGACCUAUCACCCCUAGUCUUUUUUUUUUUUCAUCAGACUAGAUGUUUCCAAUUCCUGCAACCGUUCUUCAUAUGUUUUAACUUCCAGCUAACUAAUCAUCUUCUUUGUUGAUCUUCUCUGCAUUCUUUCCAGAGUCUUUAUAUAUAUUUUUUAUAUUGUAGCAACCAAAACUGGAUGUAAUAUUCCAACUGAAGUCUUACUAAGACAUUUGGUAAAGCAAACUGAAGUACUUUUUAUGAGAAAACAGCCUCUAAGUUAUUAAAUUGCUCUCUCAGACAUUAAAUUGCCUCUAAUUUGGGAGAUCUUUGGCUCAGUAUUGACAACCAUUCCUUUGAAAGUGUUUCAUUCUGUCCCAAAUUAUUGUCACUACGCAAUCAUUUUCUAUUCUGAUGUGUGUCAAUUUCAGUAUUAUUAUUUUUUUCCUAGCCAAAGCCCACCAUCCACUGCAUUGAUUAUUUAUAAUCAGAAGUGCUUUCCAUCAUCCGAGAAUGAAUUAUUUUCUGAACUCAACUCCACUUUUUCUUUGGGGAGGGGGGAAUCAAAGCAAGUGAGGGUGUGUUGUGCUAAAAUUGAAGAGCCACCCCCUUUUUCCUCUGUCCUAAUUUUGGCUUUCCCAGAGAUUUCAUCACUACGCAUUCAACUUUCUGUUUGGCUGGACAGACCUCUGGAUUUUACAUUCUCUCUCCCAUUCAAAUGUUUAUAAUCUAACAGUCUUUUCGCCUGUUUCUGGAGAUCCUGAAUUUUGGUAAGUCCUAGUAAAAAAAAAAAUGUACAAAAAUUCUCGGGGUUUGCAAUUUCACAAACCAACAUUUCCAGUCACCUCCCUGGGCAGCAUCUAUGUCUGAAUAGUCUAACCCCCACCUCCCUUCCUCCAAACUGAGCUACCCUUUCAGUAAUCCACUUAGCCAUGCUGGUUAGGAUUUAGGAAUUCAUAAUCCAGUGUAUCUAGACAACUUUUGACCCAACAGGUGUGUCUUACCAUGAGUUGGCACUGUUUUGUACUACUUUUUCAUGCAAUAAAAUAGUUUACUUUA